CUCCUCCUUCCCCUCUUGCAUAAGCAUUGUAGAAUUAUAGAAUUGAUAUAAAUUAUUGGAUCGAGAGAUUAAUAAAGGCGAUUGAAAUCGAGAAAGUACCGUCACAGAGGUCAUAUAACAGAGGAAGAAGAAGAAGAAGGAGGAGGAGAAGAUGAAGAUUUUGGUUAAAACUCUGAAGGGCACUACCUUCGACCUCGAAGUGAAACCCGAAGACACCAUUGCUGAUGUCAAAAAGAAUGUAGAAACUACUCAAGGGGCAGAUGUUUAUCCUGCUGGACAACAGAUGCUUAUUUAUCAAGGGAAAGUCCUUAAAGAUAACACAACAAUCGAUGAAAACAAGGUUGCUGAAAAUAGUUUUGUUGUGAUCAUGUUAACAAAGAAUAAGAGCUCAGCUGGGGAGGCCUCAACUGCAUCCACUGCUUCUACAACUAAGGCACAUCAGAUAAGCACCCAGGGGUUGACAGCACCUCAAGCGCCUUUACCAACCUUAGCAACGCCUGCCCCUGCCCCUUCUCCUGCCCCUGCCCCCGCGCCCGCUGCCGCUCCCGCUCCUGCUCCUGCUCCUGUUCCUGUUUCAUCAGCUACUGCUGUGUCUGUUGCUCCUACUCCUGCUCCUGUUUCAUCAGCUACUGCUGUGUCAGAGACUGAUGUUUAUGGUCAAGCAGCAUCUAAUCUGGUUGCGGGAAGUAACUUGGAGGGAGCAAUCCAGCAAAUUCUCGAUAUAGGUGGAGGGACUUGGGAUAGAGAUAUUGUUGUUCGGGCUCUCCGUGCUGCUUACAACAAUCCUGAGAGAGCUGUUGAAUACUUGUAUUCUGGUAUUCCAGAGCAAGCUGAAGUUCCACCUGUGACUCCUGCCCCUGUGAGUGGUCAAGUUACAAAUCCUCCAGUGCAACCUCAGCAACCUGUGCAGCCUUCACCUAUUCCUUCCUCUGGACCCAAUGCUAAUCCUCUAGAUCUUUUUCCACAGGGCGUUGCAAACAUGGGUUCAGGUGCUGCAGGUGCAGGAACUCUUGAUUUUUUACGGAACAGUCAACAGUUCCAAGCGUUGAGAACUAUGGUGCAGGCUAACCCACAGAUAUUGCAGCCUAUGCUUCAAGAGUUGGGGAAACAAAAUCCUCAUCUAAUGAGGCUUAUUCAAGAGCAUCAGGCUGACUUUCUUCGUCUCAUCAAUGAACCUGUUGAAGGUGGAGAAGGGAACAUCUUGGGGCAGCUGCAAGCAGCAAUGCCACAGACAGUAACAGUUACACCUGAGGAACGUGAAGCAAUAGAACGUCUUGAAGCAAUGGGUUUUGAUCGGGCACUUGUAUUAGAGGUGUUCUUUGCCUGCAACAAGAAUGAGGAGCUGGCUGCGAACUACCUUCUAGAUCAUAUGCAUGAGUUUGAGGAUUAAUUUUAUUGGAAAUACUCCCAAUCCUAUGCCAGGAGAUUUUUUUUUUCUUUUUACCCUCUAUAUGCUCCUCAACUUCGUUUUAUAACUAAGUUUGGAGUUCUAUAAUUUGUGAAGUUUCUAGUCCACGAGCUAAAUGUAGCAUUCCAUCCUCCAGUUUCUCCCGUUUUAGGAUUUUAUUGAUACUUUACAUGCUUGUCUCGGUAAUUAGUUUUCAUUAUGUAUACUUACAGAAUUGUGGUAAUGAAAUUGGUUUCCGAAA